AAGUUGAGGCCGAGAUUUGACUACUCGAAACUGGCGGAGUCAGCCACACGCGAUGAUGAUGUCGAAGACUCACCGUCCAAGACAGUUUCAGAGAACCAGGAUGCCCAGGUGGUUAAAAAGGAGUAUAUUUGCAAAUACUGCCAGAGACAUUUUACCAAGUCGUACAAUUUACUGAUUCACGAGAGGACGCAUACCGACGAACGACCCUACCCUUGUGAGAUCUGCGGCAAGGCUUUUAGAAGACAGGAUCAUUUGAGAGAUCAUAGAUAUAUUCACUCGAAAGUAAAACCAUUUAAAUGUGAAACAUGUGGAAAAGGAUUUUGUCAAUCCCGAACUUUGGCUGUACACAGAGCUACGCAUGCGCAGGUAAAUAUUAAGCUACAUUUCCGGUUUCUUUUAAAAAAGUAUGACAUUCAUAUAUAUUCUAUUUUUUAA